AUGAUCCCUCUCCGGUCCGCCAUCGUGAGGCCUGGGCCGCCGCGAGAGGUACUAUCGUGCUCAAAUUGUCUGGUGCGAUCGCGAGUCCACCUUCCCUCUUCAAUACGAGGGUUCAUCUCUUCUACCAAUCGUCGUACCGGCAUCGCGGCCAACCAGCCCUCCUCGGUCUUCCUCAAGACAUACUUUUCUCCCAAUCGAGUCUUCGAUGCAACUGGUUUGAAAGGAGGCUUCCUUUCAUCCUAUGCGUCCGCCCAUUCCGACUCCCUCUCCAAGGCGACCUCCCAGUCCACGAGCGAUUCCUCCGCAAACCCGGCCAGCACAAUUGAACCAGCAUCGUCUGGAUCAAUUGCAGCAGAAGCAGCGCAAAAUGAAUUGCCACAUCGCCGGAGGAAGCGUAUGAAGGCCAUAAGCUCAGAUAAUGCUUCACCAGAGGCAGUCAUGCCACCCGAUGCUUCAGCGCAAUUGUCGGCCUUCUCAUCUGCGCAACCCGCCACUUCCCUCCGCCGCAAGUUCGCAGCAUACUUCGCACUGACGAAACCGCGUCUAUCCUUUCUUGUUCUCCUUACGACAACAUCUGCAUACGGAAUGUACCCGUUCUCAUCUCUGCUUACACUCGACCCAGCCAUGACCCCACUCCCGACCCUAUCGACCUCGACAUUGACCUUCAUUUACUUGACCGCGGGAACAUUCUUGUCAUGCUGCAGUGCCAAUACGCUAAACAUGAUGCUUGAACCGAAAUACGACGCAUUGAUGACUCGGACCCGGAACCGUCCUCUUGUCCGCGGGCUGGUCUCGCGUCGCGGGGCUCUGUUCUUCGCCAUUGGUACUGCGGCUGUCGGUUUGGGCCUCCUGUACGUCGGUACUAACCCGACAACCACCGCGCUCUCUGCUGCGAACAUCCUUCUCUACGCUUUUGUGUAUACCCCGCUCAAGCGGAUAUCCGUGGUCAAUACCUGGGUUGGCGCAGUAGUUGGAGGUAUCCCGCCAUUGAUGGGCUGGGUUGCCGCUGCAGGACAAACAGCGACAACUGGGCAUGACACGUGGCGCGACAUGCUGUUUAGUAAAGAUAGCAUUGGUGGAUGGCUGCUGGGUGGUAUCCUAUUUGCCUGGCAAUUUCCACACUUCAACGCCCUCUCCCAUCUCAUUCGUGACGAUUAUAAGCAAGCCGGCUAUCGCAUGCUCUGCUGGGUGAACCCGGCCCGAAAUGCUCGAGUUGCUCUUCGCUACUCUCUGCUCAUGUUCCCGAUCUCCAUCGGCCUCUGGUGGAUCGAUGUCGUUGGCCACGGCUUCCUCGUUGGAAGCACAUUCGCCAAUGGCUGGCUUGUCCGUGAAGCAUACCGCUUCUGGCAACACCAGGGUGCUCAAGGAAGCGCUCGCGGCCUCUUCUGGGCCAGUAUUUGGCAGCUGCCGAUCCUGCUUGUUGGUGGUCUUGUCACGAAGAAGGGUCUAUGGGAUGGUGUAUGGAGAAACGCCUUCGGACAGCCAGAAGGGGAUGACGAAGAAUACCUGUAUUAUGAAGAUGAGGAAGAAGGUGUGGAGGGUAUCUCGGAGGCUACCAAGUCCAAUUCUAAUUCUCUCUCGACCGUUUAA